GUUUCUCUAAGUAGCAUAUUUACUUACUGUGACUGUGUGAUUUGAAACUAUGAAAUGUUCAGGAAGAUGGGACAUGCUGUGACCCACAUACACGUAGGUGUGUCUACCAAGAGCCCAUGUGUUGGAGAACUUCUCUGAGGCAUGAAGAGAGCAGAAGCUCAGUCUGACUAUGGAAUUUGGAGGUGGUCCUUCGGAAGGAAGGAUUGGAUUCCAUCGUAUCAUCAGAGUAGAAGCCCGUGAAUAAAUACUGCUAGCUUAAUCGAAGCAGGGUGAGACCAGAAUGCAUACACAUGUCCCCAUCUCUCACCAUGUGCUGUGCUGGGAUAGCAUAUCAAGGUCAUUGCAGAAUGUGACUGACCCCUUAACUGUGGAGCAGAACUGACCUAUACCCAUGUGGAGAUGCUCUGAAGAAUAGCAGCGACCUCAGGAAUGUCUAUUGCCAUACAAUGACUAAAACAAAUUCCCUCAUCUUCUAUUGUAUCAUGGUCUUACGACUGACACUUAUCAAAACCCAAUUAUCUGACAAAAGUGAGCUUAUCAUUAAGAGACCAAAUGCAAACCUUACCAGAGUACCCAAGGACCUACCCUGGCAAACAACUACUUUAGAUAUAUCAGAAAAUGGUAUAUCUGAGCUUCAGGCCUCUGACAUCCUCUCCUUGACCAAGCUAAGGGUCUUGAUAAUGUCCUACAACAGACUCCAGCAUCUGAAUAUCAGUGUUUUCAAAUUCAACUCUGAGCUGGAAUAUUUGGAUUUGUCCCACAAUGAGCUAAGGGUGAUCUCUUGCCACCCAAUAGUCAACCUCAAACAUUUGGACCUCUCCUUUAAUGCAUUUGAUGCCCUGCCCAUAUGCAAGGAGUUUGGCAACAUGUCCCAACUACAAUUUCUGGGACUGAGCGGUUCUCGGGUACAAAAUUCAAGUGUGCAGCUGAUCGCUCAUUUGAACAUCAGAAAGGUUUUGCUGGUGUUAGGAGACGCUUAUGGGGAAAAAGAAGACCCUGGGUGUCUUCAGCACAUUAGCACGGAGACUCUGCAUAUUGUUUUCCCUUCGAAAAGAGAAUUUGGUUUUCUUCUGGAUGUGUCCAUCAGCACUACGAUCAGUUUGGAACUGUCUAACAUCAAGUGUGUGCUUGAAGACAAGGACUGCUAUUAUUUCUUACAUGCUUUGUCAAAGCUUAAAACGAAUCUAAAGCUCUCAAAUCUUACCCUGAACAACGUGGAAACAACGUGGAAUUCCUUCAUUAAUAUCCUCCAGUUCGUUUGGCAUACCCCAGUCAAGUAUUUCUCAAUUUCGAAUGUGAAGCUACAAGGUCAACUUGACUUCACAUGGUUCAAUUAUUUUGGCACUUCUCUGAUGGCUGUGUCAAUACAUCAAGUUGUCACUGAUGUGUUCAGCUUCCCACAAAGUUACAUAUACAGUAUUUUUUCCAAUAUGAACAUCCAAAAUUUUACAGUGUCUGGAACACACAUGGUCCACAUGCUUUGCCCAUCCCAAGUUAGCCCGUUUCUGUAUUUGGACUUCACAGAUAACCUUUUAACAGACACUGUUUUUAAAGAUUGUAGAAACUUAGUUAGAUUGAAAACACUUAGCUUACAAAAGAAUCAAUUAAAAAACCUAGAAAAUGUAAUUCUUAUGUCUUCGGAGAUGACAUCCCUACAAAAACUAGACAUUAGCCGGAAUUCUCUAAGAUACAGUGAUGGGGGAAGCUCAUGCUCCUGGACCCAGAGUUUGUUAGUUUUAAAUUUGUCUUCAAAUAUGCUUACGGGCUCUGUCUUCAGAUGCUUACCUCCCAAGGUCGAGGUCCUUGACCUUCACAACAACAGAAUAAUGAGCAUCCCUAAAGAUGUCACCCGCUUACAAGCUUUACAGGAACUCAAUGUAGCAUCCAAUUCUUUGACUGACCUUCCUGGAUGCGGGGCCUUC